AUGGAGGGCUCGAAGACUCCGAGAAAGUUAAUGAGUAUAAUACAACAGUCAUGUGACUUCUGCUACCGGCGCAAGAUCAAGUGCGAUGGACACAAGCCUCGUUGUUCACACUGUAUCACGUAUAAAACAGAUUGUACCUAUACAGCACCAAGUCGCAAGUCCAGACCGAAGAAAAGACGGAGCUGUGCACAGAUCGAGGAUGGCACCAGCAUCAGCAAUACCCAAGGUCGAUUGCAGCACCUAGAAGCUCUACUGGAGCAACUUACUGAGCGUGUAAAAGUCGCUGAAAAGCACAAUGAGGUUCAGGCUCAGAUACGACUCCAGGAAGAGAGACCAAUCGACACGGCAACGCUGUCAACGACCACGACAACGACAGCGACAAGCAAAGGCGGCGAUGCAGACCAUGACAACAAUCCUCCUAAAUUGAUGUUUCUCCCUCCUCUACAGCAAGUCUUGCACAUCGUCGAAAUCUUCCUCCAGAAGUUUAACGCAGUACUACCGCUAUUUGAUGCCAAAACCCUUCUGCGUCUAAUCCACGACUUCUACAGUCUUGGACCCCAACAACGAGAUCCGGUAGCAUGGGCUGCGAUCAACGUGGUGCUAGCUCUCGCACACCAGAAGGCCCUAGUGGGCAGUAGUAGUCCCAACUGCUCAGUCGAGUAUCUCAGCAGAGCGGAGUCAGUGCUCUCGGAGGUGGUGCUGGGCGAUAUACAGUUGCUCAACAUCCAGGUUCUCGUGGGCAUGGUGAUGCUACUUCAGGCCUCGCUAGAUCUCCGGUCAUCGCUGAUCUUAAUCGCUACAACGAUGCGUCUCGCACACAGUAUUGGCCUGCAUGACCGUACCUCCUCAGCACACCUGGAUCCCACCCACGCGAGACAGCGAGCUUGCGUCUUCUGGAUGGCGUAUAUCCUCGACAAGGAUCUCAGCAUGCGCUCGAAACAGGCAUCGGUCCAGCUUGAUGACGACAUCGACCUCGACCUGCCUUCACUUGAAAUCGCCGGUUAUCAGAUCAAUGCUAGGGGUGAAAUCGCUGACGACAGCAUCGGUGCCGGUUAUGUCACCACCGUGGACGGAACUGUGAAGAUGAAUUACUUUGUGACCCGCAUCCAGCUGGCUGUUAUUGAAGGCGGCGUGUAUGAUUAUCUGUUCUCCACACGCUCUCAGAAACGGAGUAGGGAGGAGCGUUCCCGCGCACUGGAGAGCGUAGCUUGCGCUCUUGAAAAGUGGAAAGCUUCCAUCCCGCCCGAGUUCAGCACCGCUAUGGCCUUGAGAAGAGUCCGUCCUGGCAUGCUCCGUUUCCUUGUGGUGUUGCACUCCACCAGUCUGAUGUGCACAACUCUCCUAAAUCAGGCGAAUGCCUGGAACGCUCAGUGGGUGGACAGUAUACGCAGGUAUGCGAGAGAAGGCACCAUACCACUGCUACCACCUCAGUGGGAGGCGUUGGUGGAUGAGGCGCGUGAUUUGAUGGUCUUAUUUGGGGCUUUGCCCGUACCAGAUCGAUGGAACUUCUGGUAA